CUAGACGUGACAAUUCAUUAAAUGCAUUUUGCAAAAGAAAAAGAGAAAGACGCGCCAUGUUAGAACAAAAAUUUUGUCCACAAGCAUUAUUUUAAUUUUAAAUGAAUUAAAUUCUUCAAAUGUGGUAAAUUCUGACGAUAUAAACUUUUACUAAAAUACAAAAAAAGUUUCCAUAAACAAGACAACUAAAUAUAUUCCUCAUAAAUCUCAAUAAUCUAUUCCGUUCGUGAAAAGUUACAAACGAGGUUAAAAAAAAAAUAAAAACAAGGCUUUCGAUUGCUCAGAAAAAUUAAACAUCAAUAUGGUACCAAUCGGCCCCGUGCACGGACACCCUGGCGUCCACCCACCCCAACAAAUUCAGAGCACUCCAUCGGGACCAAACCAACUACAAUCUUCUUCCAACAGCCAAUCAAAUAAAUCUUCCAACGCGGUGAAACCCAACUACACAUUAAAAUUCACUCUAGCUGGCCACACAAAAGCAGUUUCCGCAGUUAAAUUCAGUCCUAAUGGUGAAUGGCUCGCCAGCUCAUCCGCUGAUAAGCUGAUCAAAAUUUGGGGCGCAUACGAUGGAAAAUUUGAGAAAACAAUCGCGGGUCACAAAUUAGGAAUAAGUGAUGUAGCAUGGUCAUCUGAUAGUCGGCUGCUUGUAAGCGGCAGUGACGAUAAGACUCUGAAAAUCUGGGAGCUUAGCUCGGGAAAAUGUCUUAAAACACUCAAAGGACACAGCAACUAUGUAUUCUGUUGCAACUUCAAUCCACAAAGCAAUUUAAUUGUUUCGGGUAGUUUUGACGAGAGUGUUCGCAUUUGGGACGUUCGCACUGGCAAGUGUCUGAAAACACUACCCGCCCAUUCGGAUCCCGUAUCUGCUGUGCAUUUUAAUCGCGAUGGAUCUUUGAUUGUUAGUUCUAGCUAUGAUGGGUUAUGUCGCAUUUGGGACACAGCCAGCGGACAGUGUUUGAAAACAUUAAUCGAUGACGACAAUCCGCCAGUGAGCUUCGUUAAAUUCUCACCUAAUGGAAAAUAUAUUCUCGCUGCAACGCUUGACAAUACCUUGAAGUUAUGGGACUAUUCAAAGGGAAAGUGUUUGAAGACAUAUACUGGACACAAAAAUGAAAAAUACUGUAUAUUUGCAAAUUUUUCUGUUACUGGCGGCAAGUGGAUUGUAUCAGGAAGUGAGGACAACAUGGUUUAUAUAUGGAAUCUACAAAGCAAAGAAGUCGUUCAAAAACUUCAAGGUCACACAGAUACAGUUCUUUGCACGGCAUGCCAUCCAACGGAGAAUAUCAUCGCAUCAGCAGCAUUGGAAAAUGAUAAGACUAUAAAACUGUGGAAAAGUGACACCUAAAUCAGAAAACUAAAUUUGAAUACCGAAAUAAACAAAUAAAAUUUCCAUACAAAAAAUGAGAAGAACUAAACAGUAGAAUGUAAAUACUUUAAGCUUGCACUCUUGUUUCUUUAUAUUCAUUUUUAAUCUAACAAAAA